AAGGUCCGCCGAACUACAUUUCCCUGGAGGCGCCGCGGCUCGCCUCAUAACUUCCGGUGGGAAAGAUGGCGGCUUCCUAGCGAGUUGGGAUUGACUCGGGGGAAAGCUCAGGGUGUGGGAUCUGCAGCACCCGGAUCCGCGCCCCGUCGCCGUGCAGACACCCUUGGGCAGCCCAGCGCCCCUGGAAAGACUGAGCCCCUUACUCUUUAUUUGCCUAGACCGGACCAGUUUCAGGAGAGGAUCCUGGCUUCCCCCGUCCCUGCUCCAUCCAGCCAAAUGGGCACCAUGGAAGUGGCUGAACCCGGAAGCCCUACAGAGGAAGAGGAAGAAGAAGAGGAGGAAGAAGAGGAGGAGGAGGAAGAGCAGUCAGCUGAGCCUCGGCCUCGAACACGCUCCAAUCCCGAGGGGGCCGAGGACCGGGCGCUGGGGGCACAGGCCAGUGUGGGCAGCCGCAGUGAAGGGGAGGGAGAGGCAGCCAGUGUGGAUGAUGGGACCCCCAACCCUCCAGGAGCCGGCCCCAAGCCCUGGCAGGUGCCGCCACCAGCUCUUGAAGUCCAGAUUCGAACACCAAGGGUCAACUGUCCAGAGAAAGUGAUCAUCUGCCUGGAUCUGUCUGAGGAGAUGUCACUGCCAAAGCUGGAGUCCUUCAAUGGCUCCAAAACCAACGCCCUCAACGUCUCCCAGAAGAUGAUUGAGAUGUUUGUGAGGACAAAGCACAAGAUUGACAAGAGCCAUGAGUUUGCUCUGGUGGUGGUGAACGGCGACACGGCCUGGCUGUCCGGCCUGACCUCAGAUCCGCGGGAGCUGUGCAGCUGCCUGUAUGACCUGGAGACAGCCUCCUGCUCCACGUUCAACCUGGAAGGGCUCUUCAGCCUCAUCUGGGAGCUGCAGUCACCCGUGUGCCCACCCGUGUCCCCUCCCCUGCAGAGGAUGUUCCAGUGCCCGUAUUUCUUUUUCGACGUUGUUUACAUCCACAAUGGAGCCGAGGAGAAGGAGGAAGAGCUGAGCUGGAAGGAUAUGUUCGCUUUCAUGGGCAGCCUAGAUACCAAGGGCACCAGCUACAGGUAUGAGGUACCAUUCACCGGCCCGGCCCUGGAGUUGCACAACUGCAUGGCGAAGCUGUUGGCUCACCCGCUGCAGCGGCCCUGCCAGAGCCACGCGUCCUACAGCCUCCUGGAAGAGGACGAGGAGGUCGCCGAGAUUGAGGCCACCGUGUGAACCGCCGGUGUCGGUUGCAGCCUCUGUGCAGCGCAACUCCGGGUCCCCACGGCCGUUUCUCAAAUCCGGGCUGCGUGGGACCCCAAGGGGUUCCUGUUGGUACCCAAGGGCUCUGAGCAGGAGCCCGGGGUGUGCACCAUGCGCGUUCACUGGUCACGCCCACGUUGAUAUUCUAUCCCUCUGCGAUUUUUGGCAUCAAAAUAAAAAUCUGAGAGUUG